CGGGAGGGUUCCUACUCAAGAUGCAUUUGCAUGUACUUGACUUUUAAAGAAAAAAGGAACUGAGAGAGUCCCUAGACUCGUGAGAAGGGACCACAGUGGGCACUGUGGGUCCUGGCUGUGUCCUACUCCUCAUGCCCCCUGCAGCCAUGCACGGCCUAUACCGCAACACCCAGCGCCCAGGCCUAUCAGGGAGCACCAAGGAGGAAGAGGAAGAGGAAGAUGGAGAUGACUACGAGAACACAGCGCCACCCUACAAGGACCUUCCUCCCAAGCCAGGCUCAGUGGCUCCACCAAGGCCCCCUAAGGCAGGGAGGACCGCGGAGCAACCCCCGCUUCCUCGCAAGCCUGAGAAGACCGCAGCCCUAGGUCUGCCCAGCGUCCCCGCUCCGGCUCGCCCCUUGGGUGAGCGGUGGAAAACCCCGCAACUGCAGGAGCGGGGCGCCAGUCUGGGGAGGCGGGGCCCCUCGGCAGCCCCUGGACGGAGCUCUACCCUCCUCCCACAAGGUGUCGCGCAUCCGGAGCCCCCUACGCCCUCCCCGCCAACCCCCGCUGCGCCCUGGACCGGUCGACAGCUGGGGGGCUGCGAGUGUCCCCGGAAGCAGAGGCUGCUGUGCCUGUUGCUGGCGGGGACCGCGCUGCUGCUGUGCUGCGUCAGCCUGAACGUGGUGGCGCUGCUCAAGUGCCAGGAGGUGGUGGAGGCCCUGCGGACCACGACGGAGAAGCAGCGGGCGUGGCAGGAGUGGGUGACUGGCAUGGAGGGGCUGGCAGGCCUGAAGAAGGAAAUUGACCAUGUGAGAGCUGACACGAACCAGUCCCUGAUGGAGCUUCAGGGCUUAUUAGAGUGCUCCAAGGUCACCUGCCCCGAUGACUGGCUGCCCUUUGAGGGCAGGUGCUACUACUUCUCCCCGAACACCAGGUCGUGGGAUGAUGCCCGCCGCUUCUGCCAGGAGAACUACUCACAUUUGGUUAUCAUCGACAGCCCUGCUGAGCACGAUUUCGUGGCCAAGGCUCAUGGCUCCCCACGGGUUUACUGGCUGGGGCUGAGUGACAAGGACCGAGAAGGGGACUGGAGGUGGCUGGACGGCUCUCCUGUCACAUUAAGUUUCUGGGACCCACAAGAACCCAACAACCUCCAGGAGGAGGACUGCGGCAGUAUGACCAAAGGUGGCACCUGGAACGAUCUCUCCUGUGGCAAAACCACAUACUGGAUCUGUGAGCGGAAAUGUUCAUGCUGAACCGGUGCUGGGUGAGGCUCCCUCCGAGGUCGGCACUGCCUCUGGGUGAGCUCACAUUGCCAGUCCAUCUGGCUUGGCCCAUGGGGAGCUAGCGGCUAUGGGGUCUGGGCACGCACCACAUUCCCCAGAUUCCUGACCCUGGCUCCCGAGAGGCUGUGGUGAUCUGGGAUCUGGAUCUCUUUGCUGUAUCUGGCCGACACAUUCAAGCUUCCUUAAACCGUGACAAGAUGGAACUGGAACCAGGCUCCUUCGCGGCCUCUUUGGCGAGGAGCAACUUUUGAGCGGUGGCUGGGGUACAGUAACCAUGUUCUUCACGUCCUGUGGGACAUUUGACAAGUGAGGUGACAGAUCGUGCCUCUGCCAAGUUCUUUCCUUUUCUUUUUGAACUCAAGGUCUUUCUGUGUAGUUCAGGCUGGCCCUGAACUCACUGUGUACCUCUGGCUGGCCUUCAACACAUGACUGUCCCCCUGCCUCAGCCUCCCAAGUGCCGGGUUUACAGGCAUGUGCCACGAUGGCGGUGGCUUGACCUGCAGAAUUCCGAGAAAGGCAGAUCAACUGAAAAGCGGGACUUUCACAGUGGACCGGCCGUGCCAUACCUCGGUCAGGCCCGCAGACGAGGGCGGAGGCUCCUGCUGACCUGUGCCCUUGAGCUGUGGGCUGUAAACUGUGGGAUGAGGUUGUUGUCGCUUCACACCUGUGUGGACCUUCUCGGCUGUUAGCUCUUGCAGCGUUAGUGCUCCUCAAAGGUCACACUUCCCUAUGGGGUGCUGGCCACUGUAUUGAUAUGAUAGGGCUGCCACCACUAAGGCCUUUUUCCGUAUGUGUGAUACUGGGAUUGGACCCAGUCCCUUAGCGCUGAAUCACACAUCCAGCCACACACCUCGAUUUUGAAGCAGGGUCUCACUAGGUUUCUAAGUCACCCAGGUUGAGCUUGGAUUUGCAGUCCUCCUGCCCCAACCUCCCAGAGUGCCAGGACUAUAAAUGUGUGUUGCAACACCUGCCCUUAACGAUCUAUUUAAAGACCCUGUCUCCACAUGUACAUUCUGAGGUACUGGGGGCCAAGACCCGAAUAUACUUUGACUCCAGAAAAGCCACUAAGCACCCUUGAUCAUUAUAACAAACAAUAAUAUCCAGAGGCCAGGUGCCAUAUCCAGCCAAGCACACACAGCCUGGCUUGGCAGUCCCAUUGCACAGUGUCUGAAUUUUGUCCAACGAUGGACAGAAUUUCCCCAGUUAGACCAAUUUGUUAAUCAGGGUGUCCUUACCUAAUCGCAGACUCGUUCCUGCCUAUGGGAAAGAGGCUCAGUGGUCACAGCGGGGGCUGUAGGGGGUGUUGCAGCUCACACCGCUUCCUGUUCCCUUGGUUUUGUCUCCUUUUGUGCCCACCCCAUCACGACCCCAAAGUCCCCAUACAGUCCGCAGCCUGUGGAGUGUGUGGUGUCCUGUUCUUGGCCCUUCACCCAGGGGACCGCUGUUCCUAGCAAGCAUGUGUCUUGGGUCAGGGCAAGUUCCACAUCUCAGAAGAGGAAACAUCAUUGUCUCAAAAAUAAGUGCUGAGCAGGGGCUGGGGAUUUGGCUCAGCGGCAUAAGCGCCUGUCUGACAGCGCUAGGUCAUGAGUUCAAACCCUGAACCAAAACAAGCAAAAAACCUAAUGUAUAAAAAAUGUGCAUUUAAUAAAAAAGUGCCCGGGGAUUUAACUCAGUGGUUCAAGGGCUUGCUUGAUAAGCACAAAGUCAUGAGUUCGAAAAACAAAACAACAAACAAACCAAGUGCUGAGAGUGUAGAUGCAGGGUUGUGGUUGGGCUUCUGAGCCCUGUCUGAGGUCCUAGCAGAGCUGGUGCUGACCUGUCACCUGCUGCGUCUCUGCCCAUUGUCUAAUUGAAGAUGGGGAGAUCCGAUGGGCAUCCCUUUACACUUGGGGUCCAGAGGACUUCUCGGUGGAUAUGGAGAGUAAUACCAAUGUGCUAGGUAGAUGGCGUGAUUCUCAUUUAAUCUUUGCCACGACUGAGUAAUUUUGAAAGAACUUACUAGCCCCAUUUUAUUACAGUCUUUUAUUUAUUUAUUUUUUUUGCCGGUACCAGGGAUCGAACUCAUGACCACGUGCUUGCAAGGCAGGCACUUAUGCCGCUGAGCUAAGUCUCCAGCCCCACUAGCCUCAUUUUAUACCUGGGGAAACAGGCCCAGAGGGUCCUUGUGGCCUGUCUGUUGUCAUUCUGUGGAUAAAUGACACAUUUAGGAUUUGCACUGUCUGUGCCCUGAGUGUUCAGUUUCUUUCUGCAGCAUCUGCUGCCCUUCAAGGGAUUGGCUGCAAAUUUGAUUUUCUCUGAUUUUUUUUUUUUUGUCUUUUUGACAAAGUGGUCUUGAACUCACUUUGUAGAACAGGCCGGUCCCCACUUCCAGUGAUCCUCCUGACUCAGCCUCCUAAGUGCUGGGAUUACAGAUGUGCACUACCAUGGCCAGCAUGUUUUCUGAUCUUGAAGCUCUGCCCCAACCAGCUAUUUUAGAGAAGAAACAGGGUCAUGUGUUAGAAACAGGUGUGAAUUGAGAUCUGGGUCUGUUGCUGAAUCUCUUUGUGGCUUUUCUGGGGCACAUCUGUAAUCCCAGAAUGGGGAGGCUGAGGCUGGAGGAUCACUGCAAGUUCAAGGCCAAUCUGGGUUACAUAAUGAAUUUAAGGCCAGCCUGAACUACAUAUCGAGAGCCUGACUCAAACAAAAACAAUGGCUGAGUUGUACUCCACUAUGUAUAUAUGCAUUUUCUUUGUCCAUUUGUUGGGGGGGUUCUGUAAGCAAAGGGAAAACAAAGGGUCGCACACACUAAAGGUCAGCAAAAUGGCUGCCACCUGGCCAGCCUAAGCAAGCAGCUUUUAUUGAGAUAUAGAACAAAGAAACUCAAAUUGCGCAUGCUCAGAUUAUAUAGCUUGUUUGCUUCUUGACCUUACAGGACCUGUUUUUACCCUGAGGUGGGGGUUCUUGCACUUUUCCCAUAACACUGUUGGCUGGAUGUGUCCGGGACAAAAUGGAGUCACUGUGGUCAAUGUACGUCUGUUCAUCUGUUGAUGGGCAUACAGGCCAUUCCCAGGAUUUAGCUGUUAUACAUUUUGCCUUCCCAAAAUUUUUUAAAAGGAGAAUUAAAAUUAUGUCACUCAAAGUAAAAUUUGAACAGAAGGGUUAGAUAUAAAGUGGUGACAAUUUUCAAGAAAGGGGACCCAAAGACAAAGAGCUUGAGGAAUUUCAGAAAAAAAGGAGAAUAAAGAAACACAGAGAGGGGGCUGGGGAUUUAGCUCAACGGCAUAAGUGCCUGCCUUGCAAGCAGGCAGUCGUGAGUUUGAUCCCCGGUACCAAUAAAAAGGAAAAAGACAAAAAAAAAAAAAAAAAGUUAAAAAAAGAAACACAGAGAGAGGGUAAUUAACCCCCAAAAUACCAUAACUUCCUCAAGCUGAAAAACAUGAGUUUCCACACCAAAUAGAGAUGUAUUGAGUAGACUAUUGUGAAAUUUUGGAACCUGUAUUAGAGAAGACACUGUCUUCCUGUUUUUCUAUAAUUCAUAGUAUUGAAUGAGUAAUACGGGUGAUGUAAAUAUGACGUGAUCAAAAAAUGAGAGAAAUGUUUAAAUAAAAAGUAAAAAAUUAUUACAGUGAAAGGCAUUUUGCCACUAAUCCCCUCUCAAUUUGAAUACAUUUAUCCCAUCAUUUUUUGUGUUGGGAAUUGAACUCAGGAUCUUGCACUUGCCAGGAAGGCGCUGUGCUGCCCAGCUGCACCCCCGGCCUGUUCCUGCCACUUUCUGACACUGUUCUGGAAGUCAUCUUUUGUGACAUCUUUGCAUGGCUGUCUUAUGGUCCUGAGUCAAUUCAGUGUUUCUAUCAAUUUCUGUCAAGUAAAAACAUUUUAGUGUGUCUUCA